UCUGUCUGGAUAUACAUAUAAUUAUUAGCUAGAUACCACUCAUUUAGCUGCAGGCGCCAUGAUUAGGGUGAGCAUUACCGGUUACAAGUCUCCGAUCAUGGUGCCAGUGCUGCUUCUUGUCUGCGUCAUCAGCGGCCUGCUUGCCUCGCCGGCGACGGCCGCGGCUGGGGGAGAGGAGGUGCACCUGGUGCCGGCGGUGUACGUGUUCGGCGACUCCACGGUGGACGUGGGGAACAACCAGUACCUGCCGGGGAACGCCGCGCUGCAGCUCCCCUACGGCAUCGACUUCCCGCACUCCAGGCCCACCGGACGGUUCAGCAACGGCUACAAUGUCGCCGACUUCGUCGCGAAACUUUUGGGUUUCAAGAGGAGCCCGCCGGCUUACCUGUCGCUGACGCCAAGAACGAGUCGUCAGAUCUUGAGAGGCCUCCGUGGCGCCAACUACGCGUCCGGGGGAUCCGGCAUCCUCGACACCACUGGGGACACCAUCACGCUGACGAAGCAAAUCGAGUACUUCGCGGACACCAAGUCCAAGAUGGCGGCUAGCAGCGGCGGCCAGGGCUCGUCGUCCGUCGACGAGCUGCUGUCCAAGUCCCUCUUCCUGAUCAGCGACGGCGGCAACGACAUGUUCGCGUUCCUGACCCAGAACCGGUCAGCGAGCGAGGUGCCGUCCUUCUACGCGGACCUGCUGUCCAACUACACGCGGCACGUGCGGGCGCUCCACAGCCUCGGGGCGCGGCGGUUCGGGAUCGUCGACGUGCCGCCGCUCGGGUGCGUCCCGUCGGUGCGGGUCACCUCCCCGGACGGCGCGGCCCGGUGCGUCGACGGCGCCAACGCGCUCGCCAGGGGCUUCAACGACGCGCUCCGGGCGCUGCUGGCCAACCUCACCGCCUCCGGCGCGCUCCCCGGGGCGCGCUACUCCGUCGGCAGCUCGUACAACGUGGUGUCCUACUUCACGGCGCACCCGGCCGCCGCCGGGUUCCGGGAGGUGGCCGGCGCGUGCUGCGGCGGGGGGCGGCUCAACGCGCAGACCGGGUGCACGCCCAACGCCACCUACUGCUCCGACCGCGACGACUACCUGUUCUGGGACGGGGUGCACGGCACGCAGGCCACGUCCAGGAAGGGCGCCGUGGCCAUCUUCUCCGCGCCGCCGCGGAUGGGAUUCGCCGCCCCCAUCAACUUCAAGCAGCUGGUCUCUUCUUGAUGCCUCAACGCAAGAAUCUCGAGCCUUCCAUGGUGAUCGUAACUACUAGCUACGUAGCAGCCUAGCAUUAUUAAAGAGCUUUUGAUUCUUUACGGAAAAAUCAGUAGAGAUUACAAUGUAAUGUAGAGGGAGCAAGGAUACACAACAUUUGAGUUCAGCGAGGCAAAUUUCUCGCCAUAUACGCUCGUGAAUAAACAGGCAGGUUGCAAUAUCA